AAGUAGUUCUCACUUUGUGAUUGGAUGCCAGUCGGACCGGAGCGACAUCCACCCCACCAUGUCCACUUGGCCUAUGUAUCGUAUAAUUACUCAAGUCUCGUCAAGCUGGUCGUUCCUCAUUGUAAUCUGCAUGAAAAUGGCCGCACGAGAGAAGAAUUCUGUCGAGCUCGAAAAAGCCAAACAGCUCGCCCACGUGCCAUGGAGUGAGGAAUAUGAGAAGAUGAUAUCGGGCAUGCUCUACGACUCCCACGACCCUUCCCUCGCAGCAGCCCGCUUCAAAGCUCGCGCCUGGGCCCAUGAAUACAACACCGUACCCCCUCCCUUCCUUGCCCCCCUCCUCUCCUUUCUCACUCCUUACCCCUAACCACCACACCCAGUACUUCCCCGCCCCCUCCACAAAUCCCACAUUCGACACCCUCGCCGCGGACCGCCUCUCCCGCCUGCGCGCCAUCCUCGGCCACGUCG